AUCAUUGAAAAUAGUUGAUCAUUGGGAGUUGACAUAGAUUUUGUUUGUGGUGCAAAUUAUAUAAAUACAGUUGUUUUUGGAACGUUGGACAGUGCGGACGAAUAUUUAAUAGAUUACAAUGAAGUGGACUUUACUUUUACUAACUUUAUUUUUAAAUGAUGUGUUUUCAUAUAAAAUUCUUGUGGCUUUCCCGUAUCCGGGGAAAAGUCAUUCGAUAUUAGGUGAAGGUUUUGUGCGGCAUCUUUUGAAUGGAGGUCAUGAGGUGACAUACAUUACACCGGUUCCAAUCAAAAAGCCCCAUCCAAAUCUUCGGCAAGUCGAUGUAUCAUCCAAUUUUGAAAAUUUCGUGUUCACAAGUACCUUGGAUUUUAAAAAGGUUAUGAAUAAGGAAGUGGAUUUAAAAGACAUGUUUACUAUGUAUCACCUAAUGUUGAAGGUCGCUGAAAAAGGGGUCAAUCAUAAAAAUGUUCAAAAACUUAUAAUGGACCCCAGUGAACAGUUUGACCUGGUGAUAGCCGAAUGGUUGUAUCAACACCUGUAUAGUGGCUUUGCGACCGUCUUCAACUGCCCUUACGCCUGGUCUUCUUCUAUGGAGCCUCAUCCGAUGGUACUGGAUUUAAUCGACGAAAUCGGGAAUCCGGCUUAUUUCGCCGACCACAUGUCGCCUUUGACACCACCCCUGAGCUUUUCAGAAAGAGUCAGUGAACUCUUGAACGUUAUCUACUUAUACAGAAUAAGAUGGUCCGUAAGUGAUGCGGAAGCUAAGGCAUAUGAAAAAGGUUUUGGUCCUGCGGUGGCUAAGCGAGGAUUACGGCUUCCAGCGUUUGAUGAAGUGAAAUUCAAUGGUUCCAUAAUGUUUGGAAACUCACAUGUGUCACUGGGAGAGGCACAUAGAGUGCCAAUGAACUACGUGCCGAUUGCUGGAUAUCAUAUUAAUGAAGAAACUCAGCCUUUACCAGAGAACUUGCAAAAGAUAAUGGACAAUGCACCUCACGGCGUGAUAUACUUCAGUAUGGGCACCAUGAUGCCUAGCAAGACUAUGCCGAUGGAGUUCAAGAGGGCCUUCUUGGAUAUGUUCAGUACCCUGAAGUAUACUGUCAUCUGGAAAUUAGAAGAAGAAUUCAAAGAUCUUCCAAAGAAUGUUCAUGUUGUGCAAUGGGCUCCUCAACCAAGUAUAUUAGCUCAUCCAAACUGCAAGCUGUUUAUCUCACACGGAGGUCUGCUAUCAACGACAGAAACUGUGCACUAUGGAGUCCCUAUCAUUGGAGUACCAUUAUUCGCUGACCAGUUCAUGAAUGUCUUGAGAGCUAUCAGAAAAGGCUUCGCCCUGCAAGUUGAUUUAGGCUUUGACACUCCUGCAAAAUUAAAGGUUGCUAUUGGUGAAAUUCUUGGAGACCCUAAGUAUGCCAACAAAGUCAAGGAGUUGUCUUACAUCUACCACAAUCGUCUGAACAAGCCUGGUGAUUUAAUAAACUGGUGGGUUGAGCAUGUGAUUGAAACUCGUGGAGCUGUUCACCUCCGAUCUCCGGCUCUACACGUUCCGUUCUACCAGAAACUAUACCUGGAUCUCAUAGCUUUAAUUUUACUAGGACUAGUGGUUGUGAUAAGAAUGCUUAAGAAAUUGAUCAGUGGAAGAAAUGAAACCAAACAAAAGAAGAAUUAAUGAUCGAAGAAGAAAGAGAAUCUAGUUCUAGUAAAUUAUGAGAGUUUAUUUAAAUUAAAUACUAUGAAUAAUUAAUUGUAGGUUAUAAUUGUGUGUUUGUUACGAACGCUUUUAUUCAGUCUAACCGAGAUGAAGAAGCAAUAGUCUGUUUUAAAAUGUUUUCGCUUUUAUAAAUGUUUUUACCAUAAUAAAUGAAUGACAGAUUCCAAAAA